AUGUCUCUCUCCCCAGCCUAUGCUGACUCCACGCUGUCAGCAGAGGCUAUGGCAGAGGUGAACCGAGUAAUAGAGAAGCACAACGCUGGGGUGGUGUGGGAAGAGUCACUCUGCUCUUUCGUUUCUUAUGGCUCCUAUGCCGACUCCACGCUGUCAGCAGAGGCGAUGGCAGAGGUUGACCGAGUGCAGUAUGACAUGGUGGCAGUGCAGGACGCGGAUCUUGAGGUGCAAUACGACAUAGUGGCAGUGCAGGACGCGGACCCCAGGGAGCGGAUCUGCCACGAGGUGGAGAGGAUGAAGGCGCAUACUCUCAUCAUGGGGUCACGGGGACUCAGUACUGUUAAGCGACUUGUGCUUGGUAGUGUGUCAGACUAUUGUGUCAAUCAUGCCACCUGCCCUGUCAUUGUCGUGCGGCCCAAGCAAUCAGAGACAGUGUGA